AUGACCACAACAACUAGACAUUUAACUUCUAUUAAAGAUUUAACCGAUAAAGAAUUUCAAACUCUAGUUGAAAGAGCUCAAUAUUUUAAAAAAAUAUUUAAAAAUAAAAAUUCAAAUGAAUUUCAAAAAUAUCAUAAUCAACUAUUAGGCCAAACUGUAGCAUUAAUCUUUAGUAAACGUUCUACAAGAACAAGAAUUUCCACAGAAGGUGCAGCCACAUUUUUUGGUGCUCAACCAAUGUUUUUAGGUAAAGAUGAUAUUCAAUUAGGCGUAAAUGAAUCCUUUUAUGAUACAACAAAAGUAGUAUCUUCUAUGGUUUCAUGUAUCUUCGCACGUGUAAAUACAAACGAUGAAAUCAACCAAUUAUGUAAACAUUCUUCAGUUCCAAUUAUUAAUUCCUUAUGUGACAAAUAUCAUCCUUUACAAGCCAUUUGUGAUUUAUUGACUAUAAAGGAAAAAUUCUCAAACUUAAAUGAUUUAAAAUUAACUUGGGUUGGUGAUUCUAAUAAUGUUAUUAAUGAUUUAGCCAUUGCAUGCUUAAAAUUUGGUAUUAAUGUUUCCAUUGCCACUCCUCAAGGUAUUGAAAUGGAUCCAUCAAUUAUUGAUGAAGGUGAAAAAAUUAUUCAAUCUAGUGGGAAUAAGAACUUGAAAUUAGAAAUUACACAUGACUCAAUGAGCGCUGCAAAAGAUUCAAAUAUUUUAGUUACUGAUACUUUUGUUUCAAUGGGUGAAGAAAGUGAAAAAGAAGCUAAAUUAAAACAAUUUAAGAAUUUUCAAAUUAAUCAAGAUAUUGCAAGUAACGCAAACAAGGAUUAUAUCUUUAUGCAUUGUUUACCAAGACAUCAUGAAGAAGUUACAGAUGAUAUAUUUUAUGGAGAUCAUUCAAUUGUUUUUGAUGAAGCAGAAAAUAGACUAUAUGCUGCAAUGGCUGUCAUCGAUAUUUUCGUUAUCAAAAAGGGUAAUUUUGAUAUAUAA